AUGGAUGACUAUAAAUUUACAACCCAUAUUUUAAAUUAUCAUUGGCAUAAGCCGAAAUUCAUGAACGAAUUUGAAUGUAUGAAUCAUAAUCGUGAGGGAUCUAGUCUGUCAACAACUAGUAAUAAUUUAGCUGCAGUGAACUUGAAACCUAGAUCUCACUCAAUAAAUUAUGUAUCAUCGGAUUAUGAAAGUUUGGAUUAUGAUCACUAUGAAAGUGAACUUACUGUUAGAGAAGAAAAGUUAAACGGCUAUAAAACUGUAGUAGUGACUAAUGUGGUUAGAUGGCUUAUUUAUUUUUCGAUUGCUAUAUGCACUGCAGCUGUUGGAAUUUGUAUUGAUACAAUAAUUGAAUAUUUGUAUAAUUGGAAGUUUCAAUCGAUUCGAAACUGUAUUGAUAUUAAACACUCGACAGUAGAGUGUCUGAUUAUUUGGAUAUUUUUCACCGUCAUCCCUACGAUUAUUGGAUGUUGUGUAGUUCUAUUUAUGGAGCCCUCAGCUGCUGGAAGUGGUGUUCCAUUUGUAAUAUCUUAUUUAAACGGAGUUCGUAUACCAAGAAUGACGGCCGUCCGAUGCUUAUUGGUAAAAGUGAUAAGCGUGGUAUGUGUUUGCGCAGCAGGUCUUGGUGGAGGAAAGGAAGGACCAUUAAUUCAUAUUGGAGCAAUGGUUGGUGGUUCAGUCGUAGAAGCUUGGUGGAAAGGUUUUAGAAAUAGUCCUGGUCGGAAAAUUAUUGGACCCUUACAAAAUGAUCAGGAGAGGAGAGAUAUGAUGGCAGCAGGUGCUGCUGCAGGAUUAUCGGCCGCUUUUGGAUCACCUGUAGGAGGUACAUUAAUGAGUCUUGAAGAAGGAACAAGUUUUUGGAGCUCAAGUCUCAUGUGGAAAGUGUUUUUUUUGUGCAGUUUGUUGCAGAUGUACUGUCCAGGAGGAAGUUAUAAUGAAAUAAGUUCAUUUUGGCUCCAUACUCAAGAAGAAAAUAUUAGAUCAUUAUUCCAUUAUCCAAUUGAAGCAUAUUCAAUAAUCUCACUAUUAGUUUAUUGUGUAACUUAUUUCAUAUUAACUGAGUUAACUGUUGGUCUUAAUAUGUCAGCUGGAUUGUUUUUACCUUCAUUAUUGAUUGGAGCAGCUUGGGGACGUGUUGCAAGCAAAGUUAUUCAUUAUUAUUCUUCUGGUAUUAUUGGAAACGACCCAGGAAAAUACGCAUUACUAGGUGCUGCAGCACAAUUAGGCGGAAUCGUCAGAGCUACUAUAAGUCUAACUGUCGUUUUUAUUGAGGCUACAGGAAAUGUUCAAUUCUUAUUGCCAUUGAUGAUUACUUUAUUCACAGCUAAAUGGACUGGUGAUUUUUUUACAGAUGGUAUUUAUGAAAUGCAGAUUAAGUUAUCUGAUGUUCCUAUAUUAAUAAGUGAACCCCCACCUUUAACUAGUGAUAUCACAACAGAAGACUUUAUGAGUGAUACAGUCUGUGCAAUACCUCAUAUACUAAUGGUCGGAAAAUUAGUGGAUAUAUUGAACACAACUAAACACAACGGGUUUCCCGUGGUAGCAUCAAAAGUUUGCUACUGCCGAGUAAAUACAACUAUAGAACAUAAAUGUUAUGGCUUACUUAAAGGAUUUAUUCUUCGGUCUCAGUUAAAUGUUAUCCUUGAACACAAUUUAUACCUUACUCCUUUGCAUGAUGAAAAUUAUUACACAAAACUGGAGCUUAUUAGAAAAUCAACGUUUAUUUGUGACGAUACUCUACUUUUCCAGAAAAUAAGAGUUGAAGAAGAUAAAAGAUGUAUUAUUAUUGAUCUGCGACCAUACAUGAAUUCAGCGCCAUAUAUUGUGAGAUUAGUGAUCGGUAUCAUAACACGAAAGGACUUAGCAAAAUUUCGACUUUGGAGAAAAGCUGCCACAAUGGGACUAAAGGAAGUCAAUGUGUACUAAAAAACAUAUAAAAUAUUAUUUAUUAUAUUUAUAAAUUUAAAAUGUAUUCUCAUAACUAAUGUUUGCACUUAUAGACGUAUGUUUUCGAAUUUAUAAAGUGAUGUUACUGAACUCCUCUUUCUACACGUCUUCGUGUGUGAUCUAUUUGCUCAUUGUAUAAUAUAUACAAAUAGUUUGUAAAUAAAAAAUAGCAA